AGAAAACUCCCCGCUACUGCUGAUUACUGGUUGUGGUCGUGGGGGCGGAAGCGGAUUGGCCUUCCCUCUUCCCUCCCACGUUUAUACCUGCCUCGGGGCCAGGCUGACUGGCUUUGUACACUGAGGGCUAAAGGCGGGGUAUGCUCUCUGGAUAUUUAUCUAAUCACUGGAACAGCAAAGGGCAAUGGAACUUGUGAUCUCAACUCUCCUGUCACUGGCCACCACUCUCGCCGCAGCUGACAUCAUCCUGCAGCCCCCUUUACAUCCUCAUUUUAAUUCUGUGAAUACUGAAAACAUCUUUCACUGGAGUCCAGCAGAGAAUGGUCCACAACACAUCCGAUAUGACGUGCAGUAUUGCAGGUAUGGACAUGAUGAAGACCCUAUCCCUGUGUCACACUGUACAGGGAUUCCCCACUGCUACUGUGACCUGACUGACCAGACAUGGGAUGUCAACAUUACCUACAGUGUCAGGGUCAGAAGUGUGAUUGGCAACACAAGCUCCACAUGGGAAGGGACAAUAUUCAAACCCUUCGAUUCCACCUUGUUGGGUUUGCCAUCCUUUGUUACGGAAGUGGAGCAUGACGGGAUUACAGUCCGACUCUUCCCACCCACCCUGUACACAGCAAAGAGAAACAGGUCAAUGGGGGACGUGUACCCUCAGGGAUUGAAGUACAUUAUAUGUGUCCAUGCGAAUGAUACUGACAGGUCUGAUAAAAUUCUCAGUUCGGGAGCACCAGUCAAACCUGCCGUGCGACCAGGGACUAUCUAUUGCAUCAGCGUCAGAGUACAUUUGCACGGAGACGCAAGGAAAAGCAACAUUACAGAAGAGAAAUGUAUCAAAAUCCCAACUCCUAAUCCAGAUUUGGAGACUUUGAUCAACACUGUCGUUGGAGUCGUUGGUACAACCAUCACACUGUUUGUUCUCUGCUUCUGCCUGGCGAUGUUCUGCCGGUCUUAUUUGAAGGAACGAAGAAUGACUCCAGCUGUCCUGGAAACCUUUGGAAAGAGCAGGAAGUUUUUGAGCAGAAUGGACUACAUGAGUUUUACAGAGGAUGUGGUGGUACAGAAGGUGUUUGCUGAUGGUGCUCAUCACCCUGUCACCAAGAUUCUGGACCAGGAUGACCCAUGGCCGGAGCAGAAGAUGAGGGAGGCAUCCUCCGUGGACAGUGGGAUCGAUAUUGGCAGCCACUCGCCUGGGCGGAUAGUGUUGAUUGGUGAGGUUAUGAAUCUCUACAGGCAGCAAACGCCAGACUCCAGUGGUGUCCAGAGCACCGACUCCAGUGGUGUCCAGAGCACCGACUCCAGUGGUGUCCAGAGCACCGACUCCAGUGGUGUCCAGUGUGGACAGACCAGUUCCCAGCCCGGCAAUGCCUGCUCGGUACAUAUCCCGGCUGCAAGCCCGGACCUAGGCGAAUGCUCUACGGGCACGGCUGACUUGGGCUAUCAGAGGCAGACGCCCAGGGUUAACGACGACUCGGUAGCAGCAAUGAGCAGUGUCAUGGCAGAACCUACACCAGACUCCCCAUCCUGCACCAUCUCAAUAUCCGGCAUCACUGUGGCACAAGACUUUACAAACACAUUUCUCACUUUAGGUGACGUCAUGAUAAUGGAUAAUGAACUUUAAACAAAAGAUCUUCAUAUUCAACAUUCUGAAAGUGAUUACCGUGCGUUUUAUAAUUAACUAUUUAUUAAAAAAAACUUCAUUUCA